AUGGCCUUCAAUGACCUCCUGCUGCAGGUGGGGGGCGCCGGCCGCUUCCAGCAGAUCCAGGUCACUCUGGUGGUCCUCCCCCUGCUCCUGAUGGCCUCCCACAACACUCUGCAGAACUUCACCGCCGCUGUCCCCACCCACCACUGCCGCCCGCCUGCCGACACCAACCUCAGCAAGGACGGGGAGCUGGACGCCUGGCUGCCCCGGGACAGGCAGGGGCGGCCCGAGUCCUGCCUCCGCUUCACCUCCCCCCAGCGGGGGCUGCCCUUUCCCAACGGCACAGAGACCAAUGGCACGGGGGCCACAGAGCCCUGCACCCACGGCUGGAUCUAUGACAAUAGCACCUUCCCUUCCACCAUCGUGAUGGAGUGGGACCUCGUGUGUUCUCGUAGGGCCUUACGCCAGCUGGCUCAGUCCUUGUACAUGGUAGGGGUGCUUCUCGGAGCCAUGAUAUUCGGGCACCUGGCAGACAGGCUGGGCCGCCGGAAGGUGCUCAUCUUGAACUACCUGCAGACGGCUGUGUCAGGAACCUGCGCCGCCUUUGCUCCCAACUUCCCCGUCUACUGCGCCUUCCGGCUCCUCUCGGGCAUGUCGCUGGCUGGCAUUUCCCUCAACUGCAUGACACUGAAUGUGGAGUGGAUGCCCAUCCACACGCGGGCCUGCGUGGGCACCCUGAUUGGCUAUGUCUACAGCCUGGGCCAGUUUCUCCUGGCUGGUGUGGCCUAUGCUGUGCCCCACUGGCGCUACCUGCAGCUGCUGGUCUCCGUGCCCUUUUUUGCCUUCUUCAUCUACUCCUGGUUCUUCAUCGAGUCGGCCCGCUGGUACUCCUCCUCUGGGAGGCUGGACCUCACCCUGAAGGCCCUGCAAAGAGUGGCCUGGAUCAAUGGGAAGCGGGAAGAGGGGGCCAAUCUAAGUAUGGAGGUGCUCCGGGCCAGUCUGCAGAAGGAGCUGACCCUGGGCAAGGGCCAGGCCUCGGCCGUGGAGCUGCUGCGCUGUCCUGCCCUUCGCCGCCUCUUCCUCUGCCUCUCCAUGCUGUGGUUUGCCACUAGCUUUGCCUACUAUGGGCUGGUCAUGGACCUGCAGGGUUUUGGGGUCAGCAUCUACCUAAUCCAGGUGAUCUUUGGUGCUGUGGACCUGCCUGCCAAGCUUGUGGGCUUCCUUGUCAUCAACUCUAUGGGCCGCCGGCCUGCCCAGAUGGCCUCACUGCUGCUGGCAGGCGUCUGCAUCCUGAUCAAUGGGGUGGUACCCCAGGAUCAGUCCAUUGUCCGAACCUCCCUUGCUGUGCUGGGGAAGGGCUGCCUGGCUGCCUCCUUCAACUGCAUCUUCCUGUACACUGGGGAGCUGUACCCCACAGUGAUCCGGCAGACAGGCUUGGGAAUGGGCAGCACUCUGGCCCGAGUGGGCAGCAUUGUGAGUCCACUGGUGAGCAUGACCGCCGAGAUCUACCCCUCCGUGCCUCUCUUUAUCUACGGCGCUGUCCCCGUGGCCGCCAGCGCUGCCACUGCCUUCCUGCCGGAGACCCUGGGCCAGCCCCUGCCAGACACUGUGCAGGACGUGGAAGACAGGUGGGCCUCCACCCAGAGACAGCAGGGACUCUCCCCGGGUCACACAUCCAGGCUGGGAGGGAAGAGGAGGCAGCAGCGACAGGAGCGAAAGCAGAUGGUCCCGCUCCAGGCCUCAGCACAAGUGAAGGACGGACUCUGA